AUGAGUUAAACUCCACCAUCUGAAGCCCAGAUCUAAACUCUAAAAGAGGAAAUUCGUCAACUACAAUUAGAAUUAAGCCAGUACUCCUAUUUAUUAUCAUAAUCUAUUAGAUAAAAGUAAGAUGCAGAUGAAAAGGAAGAGUUUUACAACAGUGAAAUCGAGGAAAGAGACCAAACCAUUGCAAAACUCAAGGCCGGCUUCUCAGAAUCUGAAUCGAUGAAGUAAUUUCUAUUUGCAAUAUCAACAAAGAUUGAUUAGCCAAUUAUAAGAUUAAUUGAAAUAGUUGAAUUACGAUUAUGAUUAACUUCUGAUGGAAAAAGGAAGCUAAUAAAGUGAAAUUAAAGAAUCAUAAAACUAAAUAGCAGAUGAGCUAAUUUAAACAAAAGAGUAAUAUUUUUAAUUGUAACAGAAAUGAAAUUAUUACUCUCAAAACGUAGAUACAAAAUGAGAAAGAAUUAACACUCAAAUUACAACAACAAAUAAGCACAUUGUAAGCUGAUAUGGAAAAUAUGAUAAAUGAAAAAUAAAUGGAGCAAGUUGAAGAUAACAAAGAAGAAAUCUAAUAAUAUUAAAAGUAAUUCAUUCUUCAUAGUAAAAACAGAUAAAUAGACCUCUAUAAGCAUUAAAUCAAUACCUUGGAAACUGAAAACCAAAAGUUGAAAGCCAUUUAAGCUGAAAGUUCAAAUUAUGCACAUCAAAUAUUUAAAUUAGAAUAAUAGAUCUCUAUUUAAGCUAAUUAAAUAACUCAAUUUGAAAAAUUAAAGUAUGGAGAUAUCAUUAAAUCUUAGAAAGUAAUAUGAAGAAUUGAAGGAGGAAUCCUAAAAUUAAGAAGAAACCGAGGAAAAAAUAAAGGAUUUAGAAGAUCAAAAAGAUUUACUCCAAAAAAAAACAAAUUAAUACUUAAAUGAAAUUAAUGAACUAAAAGAAGAGAUUUAAGCGUUAAAAUUGAAACCUUCGACUAUUCUCAUAAACCAAUCGGAUACCGAAGAAAUUUUAAGAGAAAAUGAUUAAUUAAAGUAGAUAUUGAAUUUAUCAAUCUCGUAGGUAAUAUAUAAAUGAGAUCGUAGAACUUAAUACAUAAUUGAAGCAUGAUAAUUUCAUCAUCUCCGAAGAAUAUAAGUAUUUAUAAUAGGUUAAUUUUCUAUAAGAAACCUUAAAGAAUCUAACGAUUAAAUUGUUACUGAAUCUGCUAAGCUACUUGAUGAAAAUCAGUAAUAUUGUUUUAUAUUUAGAUAUGAGAUUGAUUCAUUGAAGGAAUAACUAAAGGAUCAAUAAUUUUUGGAAGAUACGAUAACAAAUUAUAAAUAAGCUCAAGAAAUUUACAAGUAAAAAAUCUAGGUCAUGGAAAAAGAGAAAAAUGAAUUGCAAGAAACAUUAAAUUAAGAAAAGUAAGUAUGCAAAUUAAUAUAUCUUAGAUAAAAAUAUGAAAAUGCAUUUAAUUAAGUUAAAGAAUUAUUGUAAAAAAAUGAAUAUGAUCAAUAAAAGUUAACUAAAUGUGAAUAAAACGAACAAGAUUUGAGGGAUUAAAUUCAAUAAUUAACAAUUCAAUUAGAAUAAAUCCAAUUCUAAAAUUAAAAAACAACAUUCAAUGAAAAUAAUGCUUAAUAAUUACUUAAUGAAAAUAACUAAUUGAAACAAGAAAUCCACUAAUUACAGUAAUAAUAUGUAUUAUAUCCAAAGGGUAGCAAGUCAAAGAGAGGCAUUCUAGAAGAAGGAUGAAUUUGCUUAAAUAAAAGAAUAAUUGUAAGAAUGGGAGAACCUUACUUAACUUGUCUCUGGAAACCUAAAUGCAAUUAAUUCAAAGGAUGUUAAAGUUUAAUAAUUAAGUACAAAAAAAUAUCAAUAUAUUAGUCAACUGUUUCUUGAAUUAUCAAGAGACAAAUUUGUCCCAUUAAAAUCAAAUUGAAAUCUUGCACAAUGAUCUAAAACAACAUAAAUUAGAAUUGAAUAAAUUAAACUCUGAAAAAUUAAACCUAGAAGAAUAGUUGGUUUUACAGAAAGCUUCGGAAGAAUAAUUAAAAUAAAAAACUGUCAGAAAAUCAAUAUACCACAAUUAAAUUCAGAGUAGCGAUGAUUUAAAGUAAUUCAAUAUAAAAGUUAAGAUAAUAGUAUGAAAUCUUGCAGUCAAAGUAUGAUAGUUUGCUUCUGAUGAAACAAAGAUAAGAACAAAGCGAAAAAAAAAAAAUAUUAGAGAAAGAACAAAUAAUUUAAUUGGAACUUGAAAAUUCAUCUCUUAAAGAACAAAUAUAGUAAAUUACCACCUAAAAAGAAAAAAUAAGAAGCAAAAGAGAAUCUUUAGCAUAAAACAUUAAAAAUGUUAAUGAUACUAUUAUAGAAGAUUUCAAUAAAAAAAUUUAAGAGUAAAAUUAACUUAUUGAAUAAUAUGAGUUAAAAAUUAGGGAUCUAGAUCAAUAAUUAAAAUAAUAAUAAUUUAUUCAGGUAGAUUAAUAGGAAGAUUGUGAAUAAUUAGAAACAGUAGAAGAAGAAAAUCAUAUUCCUCUAAUUAGAUAAUUUGAUGAAUCUGAAUACACUGAAUAAAUUUAGUUAAAAGAAUAAAAUGAAUUGCUUUGGAAAUAAAUAAACGAAUUAAAAUAAUCGCAAAGUAUUUUUUUGUUUCAUACUUAGACAAUGAUGAGCUAAAAUAAUUGCGUGCUUAAAAUGCAUUAUUAAAAUAGGAAUUAUAAUAAUACAAGUAAAAUAUUUAACAAAUGUCUAAUAUUGAAGGUUAGUUUUAACAAUAUAGUCCAUUGAAUAUUCUUAAAGUGCAGUCAUUUUUAAAAUAAAAAGAACAUAAAAAGCCUAAAGAUAAAAUUAAAAAAUAAUAAUUAGUUUUAGAGAAUGAAAGCAAUCCUGUUUCAAAAAAGAAAGAAAUAAUAAUGUAAAAGUUAAUUUAGGAAUAAAAUUAAAAGAUUAAUAAAAUAUAAGAUAAUUAUGAAUAAUUAAUGAUAUUAUUAAAAAAUAUCAUUUUAGACAUUAAGCAAAAAUAAAAUCAAUUAAAAAUUGAAGAAUUAACAAAAAAAUCAUAGGUCUUAUAAUAUUUAAGCAAAUUAAGGCAAUCUACUGAAAUAAUACUCAACAAAUUAGUAUUAGUUUAAAAUAAAAAUGAAAUCUACAAGUAGUAAUACUAAUAGUAGCAACAAUAAAUUUAAGAUUCUGAAGAUCUUAUUUGA